CCCCACUCUCAUUUUGCGUUUGUCAUUUUCAUUUUUCAGACUCAGACUCUCAAAUCUCAACAUCUCCGCCUCACCCAAGCUCACAGCCUCUCUUCCUCACCGCUCACAGCCUCUCUGCCUCGCCGCUCAGACCUCGCCCUCUCCGCCUCACUCUCUCCGCCUCACUGCCUCUGUACCUCGCCUUCUCUGCCUCGCCCUCUCCGCCUCACACUCUGCCUCACCUUCUCUGCCUCGCCCUCUCCGCCUCACUCUCUCUACCUCGCCUUCUCUGCCGCUCACACUCUCUGCCCUUUGACUCGCCCACCCCGCCUCACUCAAGCUCACACUCUCUAGUCUCUUCCUCUCUGCCUCGCCCUCUCCGCCUCAAUCAUUUUUCUUCCUCUCCGCCUCACUCAAGCUCACGGGUUUGAAGUAUUGGGUUUUUUUUUUUUCUUUUUGGGUUUUUUCCUUCUCAUCCUUACGGGUUCUCGGUCUCGCCCUCUAAAGUGCUCUGCUCUCUGCUUCUCGGCUUCAUCAGGUAAGAUUUCUCUUCUCUCUUCGCCUUUGCAGUGAUGUUGUAGCCAUGGGUUCGCCGUGGUUUGUGGGUUUCAGUUAGGAUCGGUGUUAGAGGAUUUCGGUUUUGUUGUCCAUCGGCUUUGGAGGUUUAUGGGUUUUGGUUUGAAUUACUAAUUCUGGGUUUUGGUUUGAAUCACUGAUUCUGGGUUUAUUGGUGAUUUGCGGAUGGUUACAAAUUUCUGGGUUUGUGUACUGAUGCCAAUGCUGUUGUGCUAAGUAUGCAUGUUGUUGCUGUUGAGGCAUAGACUAAAUUUCAUGAUGAAUAUACGUUGCUUUCAAAGGAGCUUCUCUGCUGCUUCUCUGGCCCCAGUGCAGCUUCCAUCUCCAAUGGAAGCCCAUUUAUGGUAUAUAUUACCUAAUGAGGUGAAGAAUGCAAGCCUUCUUAAUCAAUAUUUGGAAAUUCUAUCACCAUGUGAGAAAGAAAAUGUUUUCCGUAUGCGUGGAGAUCAGCUCCAAAGAAGAGCCCUGCUUGCCCGUGCAUUGGUUCGCACUACCAUUGCAAGAUAAUAUGUUGCAUAGAGAGAUUGGUGUAUAUUUAAACAAAUUUCGUUUGUUACUAGAUCAUACAAAUAGUCAAGUUGAACCAAGAUCCUUGAAGUUUAACAAGAAUAUAUAUGGGAAGCCUGAGGUAGAGUGGCAAGAUGUUGAUGGCUCACACAUACCACCAUUGCAUUUCAACAUUUCACACACUUCUUCUAUGAUAGCUUGUGGAGUGACUGUGAAUUCAGCAAUUGGUAUUGAUGUGGAAGAGAAGCAACGGAAGUUGAAAAAUAAUAUCUUAGCAUUUGCUCGAAGGUACUUUUCUCCUUAUGAAGUGGGACUUUUAACUGCCAUUUCAGACCCUGAAUUUCAGCAUCAGGAGUUUAUAAAAUUAUGGACUCUCAAGGAGGCAUAUGUGAAAGCAUUGGGGAGGGGCUUCUCAGCUGCACCUUUUAAAACCUUUACCAUUCGAUUUAGGACUGCUACAGGUGGACAUCUUUCUGAGCAUAGAGAUUCUGAGGCAUUUGAUGUAGUUGUUGAUUCUUUUGAUGAUCCCAAGAACCUGACAAGCAAUUGGCAAUUUGCUCUCAUAGAAUUGGCUGGUUCUCAUUAUGCUGCUGUUUGCAUUGAAGGGGAUAGAACCACUGAAGGCAAUGGGACCCGCCCAAUGAAAUUGACAGUGCGGAGAACCAUUCCAUUUGUUGAAGAUGAAUGUGUUUCUGGAACUGAUGCUGUGGUAGCAAUAGUUGGCUUAACUUAAGAAUCAUAAAUGAUUAAUGGUUUUCAUUGUGAACUCAGCUCUCCGACCUUUCCAAAUUGUGUUUUUUAAGCAAUUGGAGAGUAUAACUUAACAGUAUUAUUAUUUACUAUCAGCAAUGCGCCUCUGCUUUGCCUGUAGAAUGGAUAUCAGAUUUUGCAAAAAAAAAUUGUCUAUUGUAUAUUCAUUUUAAAUUUAAAGACCAAUUCCUUGCAUCAA